UGUCUGUCCAAUUUUGGAUACUCUGCAGCCUUCCAUAAUGAACGGCACUAAGAAUGGGACAGUGGUGGCCAACACCACUAACAGCCUGGACGACAGUGGAGCUGUGGUCCUGGAGUCUGUCUCUAUCAUCAUCAUAGCCAUGCUGGCAUGUCUGGGGAACCUGGUCAUUGUGGUGACACUGUAUAAGAAGCCCUACUUACUGACACCCAGCAACAAGUUUGUCUUCAGCCUGACCUUAUCCAAUUUGCUGCUUUCUGUACUAACUCUGCCCUUCGUUGCGUCCAGCUCAGUGCACAGGGAUUGGAUGUUUGGGGUGGUGUGGUGCAACUUCACAGCAUUGCUCCAUCUACUCGUCAGCUCAUCUAGCAUGCUUACACUGGGGGCCAUAGCCAUUGACAGGUACUAUGCUGUGUUGUAUCCCAUGAACUACCCCAUGAAAAUCACGGGAAACCGAGCUGUGCUCACCAUUGUUUACGUGUGGCUCCACUCCCUGGUCGGAUGUCUGCCGCCACUUUUCGGAUGGUCUUCGUUCGAGUUUGACCGUUUCAAGUGGACUUGCACAGUGGCUUGGCACAAAGAGAUCAGUUAUACUGCCUUCUGGGUUAUGUGGUGCUGCCUUCUCCCCUUGGCGGCAAUGCUGGUCUGCUAUGGAGUCAUCUUCCGUGUGGCCCGCAUCAAAGCGCGCAAGGUUUACUGCGGUAGUGUGGUGGUUGCUCAAGAAGAGUCCAGCUUUCAGAAGAACGGCCGCAAGAACUCCAAUACUUCCACCUCGUCAAGUGGUAGCCGCAAGAGCCUGAUCUACUCUGGGAGCCAGUGCAAGGCCUUUGUCACCAUUCUGGUAGUGCUGGGAACAUUUCUGACCACUUGGGGUCCAUAUGUGGUGGUGAUUAGCACUGAAGCAAUGUGGGGCCAAGACAGUGUUUCUCCACAGAUGGAGACAUUGGUCUCUUGGCUGUCAUUUACCAGUGCUGUGUGUCACCCACUUAUUUAUGGGCUGUGGAACAAGACCGUACGCAAGGAGCUGUUGGGCAUGUGCUUUGGUGAUCGCUAUUACAGAGAGUCUUUUGUUAUACGACAUAGGAACUCUCGCCUCUUUAGCAUCUCCAACAGGUUAACGGAUCUGGGGAUGUCUCCUCACCUGACGGCCAUGCUAGUGGGCGGUGGGCAGCUCCUCGGGCGUAGCAGCAGCACGGGAGACACUGGCUUCAGCUACACGCAAGACUCUGCUACAGACGUCAUGCUGUUGGACAGCUACACCUCAGAGCCCUCCCACUCCGCCCACUGUGCAGCCAAUAAGAGAAGCUCGGUCACAUUUGAGGACCAAGUGGACAACAUCCCUAAAGGUGAUCCCUCAAUGGUACAAGUGACAGCAGACAUCCACAAGUCUUUGGACAGCUUUGCAUCUUCUCUGGCGAGGGCUAUAGAGAACGAUGCCAAGCUUCAACUCUUUGGGGAAUGUACUCAAAUACCCAAAAGCCUGUUUACAGUACAGAAUACACAGAGAGGUCCCCGAUAUUUGGAUGGACAGAGACUAAGAAUGGAAAGCAUCGAUGAAGGAAUUGUUAAAGAUGAUGAUGAUGAGGAGGAAGAGGCGCUUCAGGAAAAAAUAUUAGAUACUAUUAUGUAGUCCCUUGACUCAAUGACCCUUAAGGACCAGGCCAUUGCAUAAUCUGCAGCCUUGAAGGUACAGAACAUCAGUGAAAUGUUUACACCGUGUGGUUUGUGUAAUUAACAUACUAGGUAAAAAACUUGGGGGAGUAUUCACUGGUGUGAACAAAGACUUUCAAUGAUUGUGAAGAGGAUGUACCUUUACAGUUUAUCUCAAUCUAUUUUACACAUUUCGCCAAACUCAAGUCACUGCUCUAAAAACAAUUAACACAGCAAUCUGAACACUGUAAUUGUCCUAAACAAUUAUAAAUAGAGAGACGAGUAACGACAGAAGAGGCUGAGAAGUCCCUCUAAUUGAUCAUGUUACAAAUCACGUUAAACUUCCUCAUCCUCUUUCCAGAGGAAAAUCUGUAAAAAAAAAUUUUGUAUAAUAAACAAAAUGAAAUUCAGAUAAAGUUUUCAAAAACACAUGGAAAAAGGUAGGUAUUGUGGAUUUUUAUGACAAAAGUGUUGUUUCAAUGGUAGAGUUGUGUGUCUAUCAAUGAAAAUGCUAUGAAUUCAAUAGAGAACACUUGAUUUAGUUUUAAUACAUGCAUUAUCAGAAAAUAAUACAGUGCUUGAUUAUGCGGUGAAGUUGACUUGUUCUACAAAAUUGUCAGUUUCAAUGGCUGUGUGCAUUGUUUUGAGAGCAUGAAUUAUAGUUUGGAGAAAUGUGUAAAAUCGAUCGAGGAAAAAUUGAAAUGGAAAGGUCAGGUACUAGCCUAACUGUCAUUCACGAGAUUAUUUUUUUUUUGUAAAAUUACAAAAUGAUGCUGUGAAAAUCAUGUAAGGACCUUGUAUAUUAUCAGUUAUCUUACCACUAUUGGGUGCUAUGUGUAUUAUGUUUACUCUUUCCUUACAAGGAAGCUGUAACCACUCCAAUUUAUAGCUGUGUAGUAAUUACAUACUGACUUAUGUAUGGAACUAUUUGCCAAGAGAAAGGAGAUCCUGUCCUAUUUCAAGUUCAGGUUUAUUAAUAUAAAAGUGCCAUUAAGUUAAAGUUGAAGGAUGGCAUAAAUUGUAUACCAAAUUAUUUUGCGGGGGACUUUUUCCAAAAAUGAAAACACUUAUUCUGGCCCUCAAAGGCUAUGCUUAUAACAUUUGCUUUGUUAUUGAAUGGACCACAGGAGAAUUAUUUACUGUAUGUAACUGAUAAACCUGAAGUUAAUAAAAGCGAGAAAUCCCCUUAAAAGGCAUAAUAUUAUUAAAUAUCAAUAUUUUGGCUGAAUCUAGUAGUGUUGGAAAGCAAGGGCAAUAUGGUUUCUACAUCCGCAGUGUCACAAUUUAAGUCAUUUUUGUACAACGGUACAAUUGUAUUUCAAGAGUUUAUGUAAAGUUCAUCAACGUGCUCUUACUACCUUGUUGAUUUUAUUUUGUAUACUCUGAAAACAGGAUCAUUUAAGGUGCUGUAAGCAAAUAUUAUAUAUAUUUUGGGGGGAUGGUCUACAGAAAAGUUUCCUACUCCCUAAAAUAUAUCCCUGAAAUAAAUGUCCUGAGAUAUUACUCCAGUCUCUGUGACAGAUCUGGACUCUAAACCACAAACAAAUUUGUCCACAGGCUUUGGCGCUUUUGCCUGUCAGCAAUCAUAUCUCUGCUCUUUAAGUCUACAAAAUGCCAAAACAGUCUUAAUACUUUGAAGCUCAAAAAAGCAUAAAGGCAGAAUACAAGUAAUUAAUAUGGCUCCAGUGAUUAAAGAUUUGAUAAGUGUGGGUGAGAAAUGGAUCAAAAUUCCUUUUUUACUUUAAAUUCUCUUCCUUGCCCAGUAGGUGGUGAUAUGCAUAAAGAAUGCGAAUUGCCAUAAACAAAAGAACUCCUCUUAGGAGAGAAGAGCACUUAGGAGGGCUGUUUGAAAGAGAAGAUUUAUAGUGGUAAAAAAGGGACAUGGUAUUAACCACUGGAGUCACAUGGGUUAAUUUUAUGCUGCCUUUGUACUUUUUGAGGUUCAAAGUUUUUGAAUGGACCAACAGAGCUGAGAUCUUCUUUUGUGUUCCGCAGAAGAAAGUCAUACACAUCUGGGAUGGCAUGAGGUUGCAUAAAUUAUGAGAAACCUUUCAUUGUUGGGUGAACUAUUAUAUAAUAGUUGUUGGUUGUUUGACCACUGUGGGAACACACACACCAAUGCUGCCCUUCUGCUCAGUGUCCAUUUUAACAGUAUCUUUGUGAGCUGGGUUUUGGAAAGAGGGGGCAUGGCUAAUUAAACGGCUCAGUCUCUUGGAAUUUAGUAUGGCUAAAAGUGCGUACAGCACCUUUAAAGCAGCCUGUUGACCAGUCAUUCCUGGAAUCUUACACCAGAAACACUCUUCACAAGGAUGCGUAUACAAAUGCAAGAGCUUGGCCAACACAACGCUAACACUUGGUCUGGUUGAACAUGCUUUUUAACUUUCCUUUUCUUGCAUUGCUGUGGCAGUUGAGACUGCACUGCUAUAUUUGGAAAGCAAUAACAUUGCACAAACUUGAUCUUACAAGCAUGAAACUACUGUAUUCACGUAUUGCGUAGAGUAUGUUUGGGCCUUUUAUAGAAAAUUAUUUAUAUACCAAUAUCAGUACACAAGUAUUUUGAAGGCUACAGAUUACAUUACAAUUCUGUCUGAGAGAAGGCUGCUAUUUGCAGUCCACAACAAAUUAAUGUUGAAGUUUUGUACUGUGUCAGUGUAAUUAAAUUCUUUUAUGGGUUCUCCACAAGCUUUCAGUCACUUUUUGUUAAAUUCACAACACAUUUAAUGUCUUCUGGUACAUGUUUGAAAAGAAUUCAGAACUUAAUCUGUGCACAAACAUUUUAAAAGGCUUACAUUCCUUAACAGUGCUGGAUGAGGUUGGAAUAGAAUGGCACACUAGAUGAGAUUUUUCAUCUGAGUGGCUCCCAGCAAUCACAAGUCACUUAGCAGAAUGCUCAAGCCAACAGCUGCCAAAACAAAGGCCAUCUGUGCUGUUAAGCGAGUGAAACACGACCUGCCAAUUAACGCUAGAGCCAUUUGGUUUGACAGCAGUAGGUUUGUAUGAAUUGACUAAU